CUCCAGGCAGGUCUUUGUAAUUAACCAAUACUUACACUUUCGGUACUUGAUUUUGUUGCCGUGGUUUAAGAUUGUGAACCAACUUACGCCCCAAUUUUCCUCGCUCACGAAUAAUCAUCUUGCCGUAAGAAGAAUCCAUUGUUCAAAUUCAAAUUUUUGUGCCCUAGAAUAAGAAAUUUAAGGAAAAAUGUCGGGCAUGGGAGAUGGUUACGUGGGCACGGCCCAGGACGCCGUCAGAAUCCGACGGCUUGAAAAGCAGAGAGAAGCAGAGAGGCGAAAAAUUCAGGAGCUCAAGAACAAGACUGCUUCAUCUAAAGGUCAACCUGGUCUUCUUCAAUUUGGGUCCAGUACAUCUGAGAUUCUUGAGACUGCGUUUAAAAAGGAAACUGUGGGUCUUGUCACAAGGGAGCAAUAUGUUGAGAAGAGGGUCACUAUCAAAACCAAGCUUGAAGAGGAAGAGAAGGAGAAGCUUCAGAAGUUGCAACAAGAGGAAGAAGAGCUACAGUUACAAAAGCUUAAGAAGAGGAAGAUCAAGGCUGACCCUCGACUCUCAUUUUGUGAUGAUUUGGAUAAUGUCAAUGAAGAUGAAGACGAGGAAAAUAAGAAUGAAGAAUCUGACAAGCGCAUGUGGAGAAAAUUUGGGAAAGAUCCUACCGUAGAGACAAGCUUCUUGCCUGACAGUGAGAGGGAGGCGGAGGAGCAAGCCGAACGUGAAAGGCUACGUAAACAGUGGAUGCGUGAGCAGGAGCUAAUCAAAAACGAGCCUCUACAGAUAACUUACAGCUAUUGGGAUGGAACAGGCCAUAGACGUGCGAUCCAGGUGCGGAAGGGUGAUAGCAUAGGAGAGUUUCUUCGAGCAGUUCAGCAGCAGCUUGCGCCUGAGUUUCGAGAGGUUCGAACUACUUCAUUGGAGAAUCUUCUUUAUGUGAAAGAAGAUCUAAUCAUUCCUCAUCAACACAGUUUCUAUGAGCUGAUUAUAAACAAAGCCAGGGGAAAGAGUGGACCGCUUUUUCACUUUGAUGUCCAUGAAGAUGUGCGGACCAUUGCUGAUGCUACUAUUGAGAAAGAUGAGUCACAUGCUGGGAAAGUUGUAGAGAGGCAUUGGUAUGAAAAGAACAAGCAUAUAUUUCCAGCUUCACGGUGGGAGAUAUAUGACCCAACAAAGAAGUGGGAACGAUAUACAAUCCACGGGGAUUAAGUGUAAUUGUAAAGCUGAUUUCAUCUUCAUCGCCAACAAGAUAGCUAUUUUUCACCAUCAUUUGACAUGUUAAAGACAGAAAGGGCCUAAGCUACAGUUUUUACUUGUAUGCUGCUUGUGUAAGAACAAAGGGGAUGCUGCUGUAUUUCUUCAACUCCCCCAAUAUAUUAUCCUUUUUGCAUUAAGAACUCCUAUUCUAGAUUAUUAAUGUGCUGAAAUUUGUUUUACUAUUUGCAUUUCUUAUCCUA